AUGCUCGGAAUUUGGAUACUUGGACUAUUUCUGCUCAGCGCAGCAGAAGGUUCACAAGUUUGCUAUGACCGGAUUGGAUGUUUCUCAGAUGAUAUACCAUGGUCUGGGACUGUGGAAAGACCAAUCCAUAGGUUACCCUGGAGUCCAGAUAAAAUAGACCUUCACUUCCUCCUGUACACAAGACAAAAUCCUUCUGUCUAUCAGGAGAUCUCUGCCGUUGAUGCCGCAACAAUUGGGUACUCAAAUUUUAACACCGGUAGAAUAACCAGAUUUGUCGUACAUGGUUUUAUAGAUAAAGGAGAAGAAAACUGGCUGUCAGACAUGUGCAAGAGGAUGCUUUCUGUGGAAGAUGUGAACUGCAUCUGUGUAGACUGGAAAAAAGGCGCAAGAUGUCCGUACACCCAGGCAUCGAACAACAUCCGUGUUGUGGGUGCUGAAAUAGCUUAUUUUGUAGAUGUUCUCACGCAACAAUACGGAUAUUCUCCAGCCAAGGUUCACAUAAUUGGCCACAGCCUUGGAGCACAUGUGGCAGGCGAGGCUGGCAAGAGGAGGCCGGGGAUUGGAAGAAUAACUGGACUGGACCCUGCUCAACCUUAUUUUGAAGGCACUCCCAUUGAAGUCAGACUGGAUAAAACUGAUGCAGAGUUUGUUGAUGUUAUCCACACAGAUUCAGCUCCCACAGUCCCCUACUUAGGUUUUGGCAUGAUGGCAGCUAUAGGACAUCUUGACUUUUAUCCAAAUGGAGGAAAGGAGAUGCCAGGAUGUGCGAAGAAUGCUCUUUCACAGAUCGUAGAUAUUGAUGGCAUCUGGGAAGGAACUCGGGACUUUGUGGCUUGCAAUCAUUUGCGGAGCUACAAGUAUUACUCUGACAGCAUUAUCUACCCUGAUGGAUUCCUAGGCUAUGCUUGUGCUUCAUAUGAUGGUUUCGAAAGCGGAAACUGUUUCCCAUGCCCAAGAGAGGGAUGCCCGAAUAUGGGUCACUAUGCAGAUAGAUUCAAAGGGAAGAUUAAAAGUGAUUUCACAAAACUUUACCUGAAUACCGGAGAGUCUAAGGACUUUGCUCUUUGGAGGUACAAAGUAACUGUGACACUCUCUGGAACCAGUAGAACUCAAGGAUAUGUGAAUGUUGCUCUGUACGGAAGCGGUGGGAACACAAGGCAGCAUCAGGUCAUCAA